AUGUUGUUUUCUACACGUUAUGCACUCCGCCCCAACUUGGUGGUAGUUGGCACAGGUUGGGCAGGUGCAUACUUUGUAAAGAAUGUUGAUCCCAAGUUGGCAAACCUGCAAGUUCUUUCCUUACGAAACCAUCAUGUGUUUACACCUCUCCUUCCACAAACGACGACAGGAACCUUGGAAUUUCGAGCAAUAUGUGAACCUAUUUCCCGUAUUCAACCAGCGCUUGCUGAACUUCCGCAUCGUUUUUAUCGUUGUGUUGUUUAUGGUAUUAAUUUUGAUGAAAAGGAGGUAAACUGUGUUGGGGUUGGAGUUGUUGAUGCAGGUUCUAAUGUUCCUGUGCAGACGUUUAGUGUAAAGUAUGACAAACUCGUCUUGGCACAUGGUGCACGUCCGAAUACAUUUAAUGUUCCUGGUGUUAUGGACAAUGCUUUUUUUCUUCGUGAGGUAAAUGAAGCUCGAGGAAUUCGUAAGCGUUUGGUACAAAAUAUUAUGGCAGCCGAUCUUCCUACAACCAGUAUAGAAGAAGCCAAACGCUUAUUGCAUACUGUGGUUGUAGGAGGAGGACCAAUAGGUAUUGAAUUUGCAGGCACUUUGGCUGAUUUUCUUCGCGAAGAUGUACGUAAGGUAAAUCGUAAUCUUGUCAAACACUGCGCUGUAACCGUUCUUGAAGCUGGUGAAGUGUUUGGAACAUUUGAUCAGCGAGUACGUCAAUGGGGUAAAAAGCGUUUAGACGCACUUGGUGUACGUGUUGUAAAGGGUGCUGUGGUUUCUGUAAAUGAGAAGGAAGUGGUUACGAAGGAUGGUACAGUAUUCCCUACUGGACUUGUGGUGUGGGGUACAGGUGUAGGUCCUUCUAUACUCACAAAGGACUUGGAUUUGGACCGAACAUCACGUGGUCGUAUUUCCAUUGAUGAUCAUCUUCGUGUUCUUCGAAAUGGAAAGCCUAUUCCUGAUGUAUUUGCCAUAGGAGACUGUGCGGCGAAUGAAAAGUUGCCAUUACCUACACUUGCCGCGGUUGCCUCACGACAAGGUGUCUACCUUGCAGAUAAAGUCAACAAGGAAUUAAUGAAUAAGCCUGCGCCGAAGCCAUUUGAAUAUAAGAGUCUCGGUUCCAUGGUAAGUAUUGGUGACAGCGCUGCUGUAGUGGAGUUGAACGUUCCCAGAAGGUUUGACUUUGUUGGACUUAAGGCCCUCUACUUUUGGCGCAGUGCCUAUCUCAGCAUUCUGGGCUCAUGGCGCAACAAGCUGUACGUGCUGGUGAACUGGGCGGGAAGUGCCAUCUUUGGCCGCGAUACCACCUUCAUUGGCGAUCUCAGCGAGGACCGCAUCUGGCGGAGUCUCGCGGCGGAGGAAGUCUCGCGGGAAAUGGCCCGCCGUAAGGCCUCUGAGAAACUCAAGACGAUGAACGUAAAUACGACCAUCACCGCAGAGACAGUGGAGAAGGGCGCAGAGCAGGGCUUCAUCACUCGCAAGAGCGGUAAGGCAGAGGAAACGAAGACCACUGAGGCUGAGAAGGAAAAAAAGACCACUGAGGCUGAGAAGGAAACGAAGACCACCACGAAACCAGAGAAACAGUAA